AGGUGCUUUUUUUCUUCUUGAAGUAAAAGAUGUGUUGGAAGACCUUAAUGCUUCUGCUGCUAUAUUACAAUGCUCAGGCCACCCUGGCCCGCAGAUGGAGCAGAGCUCUGCUCUUCCCUUCGGCUCAUCGGUCAAAGAGAUCAUCCUCGGGCCCUCCCAACCCAGCGCUGCAGACCUCCCUAGAGGAAGUGGAGCUCCUCUAUGAGUUUCUUCUCGCUGAACUUGAGAUCAGCCAAGACCUAAGGAUCUCCAUCAAAGAUGAAGAACUCUCCUCCUUGCGGAAGGCCUCUGACUUCAACACCAUCUGCAAUGAAGUCAUCCCCAAGAGCAUCACAGACAUUCGACGGCUGAGUGCCCAUCUCUCUGAGCGGAUUGGUGUCCUCAAGAGAGAAGACUUUGAACGGACAGCACUAACCCUAGCCUACACAGCCUAUAGAACAGCCCUGGCCCAAGGGUUCCAAAAAGACAUAUGGGCCCAGUCUCUCCUUAGCCUCUUCCAAGCUCUGAGACAUGACUUGAUGAGGUCUUCCAGGCCCAAACAUUCUCAAUGA